AUGGCCGAAAACGGAGACAUUGGAGAAGCAACCCCCAAGACUGAAUUGGAAGAAAUUCAGCAACAAUGCAAUCAAGUAACGGACGAUUCGCUGGAAGCGACCCGCAGAAUGUUGACCAUGUGCGAAGAGAGCAAAGAAGCCGGUAUACAAACCCUUGUAAAUUUGGACGAACAAGGGGAACAGUUGGACCGCAUCGAAGAGGGCCUGGACCAGAUCAACCAGGACAUGAGGGAUGCAGAAAAGAACCUGGAAGGGAUGGAGAAAUGUUGUGGCCUGUGUGUAUUGCCCUGGAAAAAGGCUAAGUCAUUUGAGAAGAGCGGAGAUUAUGCGAAUGCUUGGAAGAAAGAUGACGACGGCCCCACCAACACGAACGGACCCCGGGUUACGGUCGGGGAUCAAAUGGGACCUAUGGGUGGAUAUGUUACACGUAUCACGAAUGACGCCCGUGAGGAUGAGAUGGAAGACAACAUCAAAGAGGUGUGCGGCAUGAUUGGGAAUCUGAGGAACAUGGCCAUCGAUAUGGGUAACGAAAUCAACUCGCAGAACAGGCAGAUUGAUCGGAUUCAACAAAAGGCCGAAUCCAACGAGAGCCGUAUCGACGAGGCUAACAAGAGGGCCACCAAAUUACUCAAGGAUGCUUAA